CAAGUCCACCUCUUUCCCUUUCGCAAGCGCGCGACCAAGACGCAGGCCAGCGUUCCAGCGCGGUGCACGCCCGCGCAGAACCCGUUAUGUCACGAUUGCAGCACGCGACGACGGCGACCAUUGCGCGAUGUCAUAACAGCGGAGACCUUCUCCCUCCUUUGGCCGCCUUAUCAGCGGGGCCGACCUGAAGGGAUGGCGGCCUCAAGGCAGAGGCCACUGGCAUACGUGGAAACGAAAGGAUUUCACCACACACAUCACUCCGACGACCGCAGAUCGACGGAACGCCGUCAACAGAUUUCGCAAUCCCCUGCCAACGAGUCUGCCGCGUCGCCGGACAGACCGCACGCGUGGCCACAACGUGUCCAGUGGAAAGGAGCAAGACGGCGCCGGCGAGGGUGCGAUGGAGGAGGAAUCGGCGAUCAGAUGAGCAGACCUCGCUGUAUAGCGUCCACUGUACUCGGGGAAGCGUCGAGUGUCAAGGAAUUAGGCCAUAGACAAAUAACGCCAUCUGUCGGAAACAGGGACACCCACCCCGUCUUUAACCAAGGGAGAAGGCUUGCCCGCGCGAAGGCUCUUCUUGCCGAGACUGCUAUGGAUGCUGUCUUCGUAGACGCCACCCAGAUGGGAGCGGUGCAGGGUGGGUCCCUAUUCCAAGACUCCAGUCGCCAUCGCGACCCGCCCAGCUUGGUCCAGGAGGCCCUUCUGGGCCUCGAGGUCAGGAAGAGUGAGGAUGGCCUUCCAGGGCUCCCUUAGUAAGGCCUCCCAUCUGAAGGACAAGAACAAGUGGGACGACACUCUUAGGAGCCGCGAGCUACAAGACCAACUCUUGGCUGUCCAGAAGGCCUGCGAAGUGGCGGAGAACCUGUAGGGCUCCCCGGGAGGUGUUCUCUACCCCUUUACAAACAGUCGGGUGUCCUUCAGGACCCUUUUUGGAAAUAAAGU